UAGCCGGACCCCGACUCCAAAGCACCAAAACUUUCGGAAGUUAUAUUUUUUGACCAAAUUCCAAAAUUCUCGUUACAAAAUUUUCAUAUUCAAUAGUAAAAUUUCUACAAGUGCAAAGAAAACAAUUUUACUCGCACUUUUGAAGAAAAAGGAACGUAAAAUCAAAAAAAAAAAAUAUGAAAAGUUAAAUCAGAACAAGCAAAUCCAUACCGAAAACCGCAUAACAUACCCACUGUGAAAUUAAAAAAAUACUACAAUCGAAAUCUCACAAUAGCAAGCAAAAAAUAAUAGUGAAAAAUAAGUCUUUUCGCCUUCAACCAUGCAACGUUCAGUUAUCAAAAGUGGAUGUUCCAGGACCCUGACCCUCUUAAACCCACUGAGGUCCUUCCACCAGAAGGGUCUGUAUGUGGACGAGUCCUUGGAGGCUCCGGUGGCCAAGAAAACCAAUUGCCUGGAGCUUCUGGGUCGUCUGCUCCAUGGUCGCUUGAACUUAUUGAGCGGUCGCCCUGUGCCGCCAAGGUUCCUGCCCUUCUUGACCGGCGAAAGCAACGUGUACUUCAAUGCCGACGAGAACGAGGAGUUCCGCAGGCGACUGGGAAUGCAGCUGAAGGAGUUGCGCGAGACCCUGCAGGUCAACCGGGAGAAUCGCCAGCGACAGCAAGAGCAGGAUCUGGAAGAGGACCUUCGGGAGGAAGAGCAUCAGCCGUACACAACCAGUUCCCAGGAGAUUACCGUGGAGGAUCUCGCCGAGGAGGAGCUCGACGAGUCUCGGGCAGUGCGGAUGAGUGCCAGCGAAGAUGGCGAAAAGUCUGGCGGCUCCAAGAAGACGGCGGAGACCAGUGAAGGGGAGGGCGAAGAAACGGCAGAAGCCAGAGAGCCGCAGGAUCCGCAGGACGAUGUCCUCGAUGUCCACGAACGGAUGCGCGAUGGCGAAAUCGAAGGAGUCUACUGGACAGGAGAGGGCAAGAGGAUCGUGACCCAAACGCCUCAACGAAAGACGGGACAUUCGGGAUUCGUGGACGGCGAUGGGGAGGAGAUCCACGUUGAGGAGACCCCGGGGCAGCCACUUCCCUAUUAUCCCGAGGGCCCCCGGGCAAAGGCCACCUCCAAGGUCCUGAAAAAGGGACGCAAGCCCGGAACCAAGCCCACCAGUUCCGAUGAAUAGCCAAGCUGUACGCAAUCGAAAUGGCAACCAAAAUCCUCACUAAAAUAAAUACAAAAGGCUAAGGAGACAA